AUGGCUCGCGUUCGUCACCUCGGAAUUGGCGCGAACUACGUUGCGACAGAUGUCGUGCCUUUCUUGCAGGUGCGCUGGCCGCUCUACAACCUCGAGACGCUAGAAUUCGCAAGUGAUGACACGCUUGGGUUUAAAAUGUUAGCGGACAGCCCUAGUGUCCUCUCUCUGCGGGCUUUCCAACGUGCGAAGAAACUCGGGACCUUGAAAGUGGUUAAUUCCCCUUUGCAUUACACGCGGGUGUCGCCUGUUGUCCUGCCGUUGGCGAGCCUGACCGAGGUGCCGUUGGCAGAGGGUAUUAGGCUCUCGAUGUGGCUUGAGGUGAUGCGCGGAUGUCCAUUGAUGCAGACGGGCUGUUUUACGAUUAUCGGACAAGCCUCUGCUUUUCCUGGGAACUUCGCCGGAAUUGAACCUCUUUUUGCUUUCUGCUGA